UAGUUUGUUACACAAUCCGCCGAGCGGCUGUGCACACUCUCAUUUAGCUUUGGCUUCUCCAGGCUGUGCCCGGCUCCUUCUCCCCACAAUCCACCGCUCAGCAGCCCUCUCUGAGAGCGCCUCGCCCGGCACUAGAGCCCUGCUCCCACCGGCAGCACCCCCCAUUCAUUCACUGCCCCCUCCUGUACUCCGUGACCAUGAGUGGGGACAACAGUCAGAACGACUCACAGAUUGACGCGAAUUUUCAGGCGAACGAUUCUCAUAAACGUAAGAAAGACAAGGAGCACCGUCACAAAGAACACAAGAAGGACAAAGAUCGUGAGAAGUCCAAGCACAACAACAGCUUACACAAAGAUCCCUCUGAAAAGAAACACAAGGACAAACACAAAGAUGGGGAGAAACACAGAGAGAAGGACGGUGAAAAGCAUCGCGAGAAAGAUGGAGAGAAGCAUCGCGAGAAAGAUGGGGAAAAGCAUAGAGAAAAAGAUGGGGAGAAACAUCGCGACAAGGAUGGAGAAAAACAUCGCGAGAAAGACGGGGAAAAACAUAGAGAAAAAGAUGGGGAGAAACAUCGCGACAAGGAUGGAGAAAAACAUCGAGAGAAGGACGGUGAAAAACAUCGAGAGAAGGAUGGAGAGAAACAUGGUGAGAAACAUCGCGAGAAGGACGGGGAGAAGCGCAGAGAUGGAGAAAAACAUAAAGAGAAACAUCGGGAUAAAGAGAAGAGAAAGGAGGAAAAGCUAAAAUCUUCCAGUGAUGGUGUCAAAGUAAAAAAAGAAAAUGGCUUCUCCAGUCCUCCCCAUAUUAAGAAUGAGCCAGAAGAUGACGGCUACACUCUGUCUCCUAAGGAUCAGAACAAGGCACUGAAGAGAUCCAGGGAUGACGAAGACUCUGACUACAAGCCCAAAAAAAUCAAAACAGAAGAUGUUAAAAAAGCCAAAAAACGAAAACAGGAGGAGCAGGAUGUCAAAAUUAAGAAGACAAAGGGCAAAGACAAAGGCCAAGAGGGAGAAGUCAAAAAGAAAAAAGUGAAGAAGGAAGAAGAGGAAAAAUGGAAAUGGUGGGAAGAAGAGCGUCAUACUGAUGGUGUCAAAUGGAAAUUCCUGGAACACAAAGGCCCUGUAUUUGCACCGCCCUAUGAGCCUCUCCCAGAAAAUGUGAAAUUUUAUUAUGAUGGUAAAACCGUGAAGCUCAGUCCCAAAGCCGAAGAGGUAGCCACUUUCUUUGCAAAAAUGUUGGAUCAUGAGUACACUACCAAGGACAUCUUCAGGAAAAACUUCUUUAAAGACUGGAAGAAGGAAAUGACUUCUGAUGAACGAAAUCUCAUAACCAACCUAAACAAGUGUGACUUUAAUGAGAUGAGCCUGUACUUCAAAGCUCAGUCUGAGGCCAGGAAACAAAUGACCAAGGAGGAGAAACAGAAAAUCAAAGAGGAGAACGAGCGAUUGGUUGCAGAAUACGGUUUUUGUGUCAUGGACAAACAUAAAGAAAGGAUUGCAAACUUCAGAAUAGAACCUCCUGGCUUGUUUAGAGGAAGAGGAAACCAUCCAAAAAUGGGCAAGCUAAAGCGGAGAAUCAUGCCCGAGAACAUCAUCAUUAACUGCAGCAAAGAUUCCAAAAUCCCUUCUCCCCCUUCUGGCCACAAGUGGAAAGAGGUUCGAUAUGACAACAAGGUCACCUGGUUAGUGUCCUGGACAGAAAACAUUCAGGGAUCCAUUAAAUAUAUAAUGCUGAACCCCAGUUCCCGCAUUAAGGGAGAGAAAGAUUGGCAGAAAUAUGAGACUGCCCGCAGGCUUAAGAAGUGCGUUGACAAGAUUCGUAACACCUACCGGGAAGACUGGAAAUCCAAGGAGAUGAAGGCCAGGCAGAGAUCGGUUGCACUGUACUUUAUAGAUAAGCUGGCUUUGAGAGCUGGUAAUGAAAAGGAAGAAGGGGAAACAGCGGACACUGUAGGCUGCUGCUCUCUGAGAGUAGAGCACAUAAAACUUUACCCGGAAAUGGACGGACAGGAGUUCGUGGUGGAGUUUGAUUUCCCCGGUAAAGAUUCCAUCCGUUACUACAACAAGGUGCCUGUGGAAAAGAGGGUCUUUAAGAACCUGCAGCUUUUCAUGGAAAACAAGCAACCAGAAGAUGACUUGUUCGACAGACUCAAUACUACUAUUUUAAAUAAGCAUCUCCAGGACCUCAUGGAUGGAUUAACAGCCAAAGUGUUCAGAACAUACAACGCCUCCAUCACCCUGCAGCAGCAGCUGAAUGAACUCACCAACUCCGAUGAUAAUGUUCCUGCCAAAAUAUUGUCUUACAAUCGUGCAAACAGAGCUGUGGCCAUUUUGUGUAACCAUCAGCGUGCUCCUCCAAAGACUUUUGAAAAGUCAAUGAUGAAUUUGCAGACCAAGAUUGAUGCCAAAAAAGAUCAACUGGCAGAUGCACGCCGCGAACUUAAGAGCGCCAAAGCGGAUGCCAAAGUCAAGCGUGAUGAGAGGACCAAAAAGCUUGUGGAAAGCAAAAAGAAAGCAGUGCAACGGAUAGAGGAGCAGCUGAUGAAGUUGGAGGUUCAAGCAACAGACAGAGAAGAGAACAAACAAAUUGCCCUGGGAACCUCCAAACUCAAUUACUUGGACCCAAGAAUCUCUGUAGCCUGGUGUAAGAAGUUUGGUAUUCCUAUUGAAAAAAUCUACAACAAGACUCAGAGAGAGAAGUUUGCAUGGGCUAUCGACAUGGCAGAAGAUGACUAUGAAUUUUAAUGAGUGCGAAAGACAAUUUGUUUUAAUUAUUUGUUUUUAAUUAUUAUUUUAAGCCUGGACGUCACCUCGGAAAGGGAUUUUCUAGAGAGCUGUGCGCCUUACCUUUUAUCAACUUUUAUUUUAAGACGGGAAGGGGAUAUGCAGCAGAUUAAGGGGAAAAAAAGACAUGGGAAAAAAACCCCCACAAAGGCUAAAACCUGCACGACAAACAUUGGAUAAUGUCCCCAUGCUGCCUUCAGUAUUGUCCCAUGGACAAGGAGUAUAUACAUAUGUACAAAAUGGGAUAUCUCAAAUCGUGAUGACGUUUUUAUGUGUUUUUAAGUUGGGAGGUUUUCACCAGGCAUAAAAAAAUCCGCUUUUCAAAAAAGUCUGUAUUAUAGAAUUAAGAAAAUAUCCUGUGUGUUUUUACAGUUAAGAUUUUUUUUUUUUCAAUAACUUCUAUUUUAAUAGAAAAUAUAAACGUACCCUUCCCUUUCAUCUGAACAUAUCCCCUUACCCCGGUUACACUGAAGAGAGGGGCCUAUUAUCUGGCAGCUGAGGGGGUCAGUUGUGACUCCUGUUAUUUCCCAGUAAACGUGAAACUAUAUUCAAGCCAAUCCACGUGCUUGGUUUGGAGACUUGCAUCAAAUGUGAUUCUUUCGUCAGAUUUUCGAAAGGGGGAAAUUUCCUGAAUUUUUUAUUUUUAUUUUUUUACAAAUGUGAAUUUUUUUCUUUGCCCAGUCUUAUCUAUUGUACCAUUAUUUCAAGUAUUUAAUCCUUUUUAUCCUAUCAGAAAAAAAAUUAACUGUUGUACAAUUUGUAGGGACAUUUGAAUUCUAUUCAUUUCAGCAGAUUUUACCAGAGAUUAUUUGAUGUGAAGAGUAACUUUCUAGAAGUGCAAUGAAGACCAACUUGAUAAAUUAAAAUUGACUGAACAGCCGGGCCGCAGUUAAGUGGCAGUCCCUGUUUGUUCUAUGGGGUGUUUUGUGUUUUACCUCUAUGAAUGUCAUUCAGGAGCCUGAUCAAGGUGUUAACGGCAAGGCUUGAGAUCAUAUUUAAGAUCAUCGGUUGCCUGAAAAGAAUUGUGUUUUUUAAAAGAAAUUACUUGAAUGCGAUUACACUAUGGACUUCAUGUUUGUAACAGCAGUUGCAAAAGAUUGGUGAGUUUUUGGCAGAUUGCUUGAAAAAUGCCCUGUAAACAAAUUUCUGUGACUUUUAUAUUUUGUUUUGCCUAGAACGCUUUUUAUUUUUUUUAAUAUAAAAGCAAGUGUUCAGAAGAGUCUUUUCUUUUUGGACAUUUCCCCUCCUAUCUUCUAUUUUUAUCAUGAAUUGCCAUUAACUUGAGUGUAGGUUAUUUAAAAUAAAACCCUACAACUUGCA